CGCAAGUGGCCGGUGGCUAGUUGACAAUUUUUAAAGCUUUAUUUGAUUAUUGGUCGUUGUUUCUAUAUCUGUAGCAGAUUAGCUACAUUAUUGCUAAUUAAGUAUUAACCAGCUAAUUACUGUAUCAUACUAAGGUCUUCGAUCCAGAGAGAGAGAGAGAGAGAGAUGGCAGGAAUCUCUGGCAGCGGCGCGGUGUCAGGGAUCCCCGUGGUGGAUCUCUCGACUUUUUUAGCGGAGAACGACGGCGCCGCCGUCGGGGACGAGAUCCGCAACCAGAAGAAAAAGGCGAUCAUGGAGGUGGUGAAGGAAGCAUGUUCGGUGUACGGAUUCUUCCAGAUCGUGAACCAUGGCGUCCCCUUGCAGCUCAUGGACCGGGCCUUCCAAGUCUCGGCCCAAUUCUUCGAUUUCCCGCUCGACGAGAAGCUCACGUUCGGCAGCCGGCCCGGCGCCACUUUGCCCGCCGGUUACAACCGCCACCCUUUCGAUUGUCCCGACAAGCACAAGAACGACUACCUUUUCCUGUUACGUCCUUCCAACCCCUUCUUCGUCGCCUACCCCGCCAAGCCUCCCCAUCUCAGGGAAGUGGCGGAAGAGGUGUUCACGAGCUUAAUCGAGACGGGAUCGUUGAUCGAGGGUAUAAUCAACGACUCCUUGGGUCUUCCCUGCGGGUUACUCAAACAAGAGUUGGACUCCGACAGCAGCUGGGAUUUCAUGCUCGCUCACCGUUAUUUCCCUGAAAUUGACGGCGUGACCAACGGCCUCACCGCCCACGAAGACUCCAACGCCUUCACCUUGCUCUUCCAAGACGACGUCGGAGGGUUGGAGGUCUGGAGGAACGGAGAGUGGAUUCCGGUCACUCCUGAACCGGGCGCUAUCGUCGUCAACGUCGGAGACCUUAUCCAGGUGCUAAGCAACAACAAGUUCAAGAGCGCGACGCACAGGGUGGUUCGGCCAAAGGGGAAGAGCCGCUACUCCUACACUUACUUCCACAGCGUGUCGGUCGAGAAAUUGGUGGAGCCAUUGCCGCAGUUCACCGAGGAAGUUGGGGAGUUGCCUAAGUACCGCAAGUUUCGUUUCGGAGAGUAUUUGCAUCUGAAGAAGAUGGGUGUCGUCCAUCCCCCGGAAAGGCCUGAAGAUAUUAUCCACGUUACCCACUACUCCAUCAACUAGUUCAUUCUCAUUUUCAUAAGUACCUUGUAUUGAAUAUAUAUAACGCCGGUCG